GAAAUCAGACACUUUCCCCUGUCUACCUCGUCUGGUAGUGACGCGAUGUGUUGCUAAUUAACGUCUUCAUUUUGGGAGGAGGGACGCACAAAUCGUAGGCAGGCUUCCCCUCCCCCCCACGCUGGUAGGGGGAAAAUCGCACCACAUUUGUCCUACGCAAACAAGUGAGUCAGACCGCUGCCCGGCCUCCUCCAUAUCUCUCGCCACCGUCGCGCGCGCUGCUUCCGAAGCCUCCCUGCAUGUUUCCUCAAGAGUCGGGCCUCUCUCGGGAAGUUUCCUGUUUGUAAAAGCCAGUCAGGAACACGCCUCGACUAAAUAUAGACUGCAGAAAUAAUACUUUCUCUGGUGUACAAGGCUCGGGGAGGAGAGAAAGGCGCUUCGGUUGGUGGUGCAGGGCAGUCUUGGUACUCGUGAAUCCCCGAGGGAGUAUCGUAUGAACUUUUCCUCACCGGUACAGAGGACCUUGCGGAGUCGGCGUCUUUUGUGGUAGUUUCCAGUCGGGCCGAGCGGUGCUACAGUGAGUUCUCCCCGAGAUGGAUUCUCUGUCCGCGCGCGGGAACAAGUGCGCUGCCGCGCUACAGUUUCUCUUCUGCAUCGCCUGUUUUAUAACGACGGCUUCUUCUACAUACAUGUACGGCACACAGGGAUACCCAAGCGCACCGGGGAUGAGACAAAACUUUUGUCCGUACACGGUUAGCAAACGCGUCUCCUGUAUGACUCCUAACGGCUACGAGUCGUACGUUCAGCGCUACUUCAGAGGAUGUCAACCCGGGAACAUACUAUGCACCGGACCUUCAAGUUACCGCAUCGCGUUCCGUCCCCGCCAGCAGCUGACCUACAAGACCGUGACGGAACAGCGGUACAGGUGCUGUCCCGGGUUCACCGGGAGGAACUGUGACCAGCGGGUACAGGAGCAGCACCGACCCACCUACCUCCCCAAUGGGAACGGCAACGGCAACGGCCACAACAACCAACCCUCCCGCCUGCCUGGAGCACUACCCUGGACGACCACCUGCUAUGUCUAUUGCUGUGGUCGAGUGGACACCUUGGAGAGAAGACUGUUGGAGAUAGAAGUGCAGAUGAAGAACGUAAGCUUCGCUGACCCGGGGGCUGUAGGCCAAGGCCCGCCUGGGCCUGAGGGGAUACCCGGCCUUCCGGGAAUUCAGGGUCAGCCCGGUCCGGUUGGGCCUCCUGGUCCUCCCGGAAAGGCCGGGCUUAGGGGUCAACCAGGUUUCCCCGGACCCCCGGGGCCGCCGGGAGACAGGGGCCCGAUCGGUCUUCCUGGCCAGGCGGGCCCACAAGGGCCACCAGGGGAGAUUGGUGACCCCGGGCUGCCGGGAUUACCAGGACGUGACGCUGAUCCCUUCUUAGUAGCGACGGGCUUUCCUCCAUUAGCUAACCAACCAGACCAAGGAGGUUGGUCGUACAAUGCUGCAGCAGUAGAGGACGCGGGUGCGCUGACGGGCGAUGGCAGUCCUGGAUCUGCCGGACCUCCUGGGCCCGCAGGACCGGCCGGACCCAGCGGGCCACCCGGUCCUGCCGGGCCGCCCGGUACACCUGGUAUACCCGGUACACCUGGUCCCGCCGGCCCGCCUGGGCCUUACGGACUCCCCGGGAAACCUGGGCCAGCCGGGGAACCUGGUCUACCAGGAGCGCCUGGAGUACCUGGCUUGCCCGCCAAUGAAGAGGAGAUGAGAGGCAUGAAGGAUCACAUCUGUGCCCUGUACGAGCGGCUGAUGAUUCUGGAAGGCGUCAUAGCGGCCGCACCUCAUCAGGCGCAAGCUGUCGGAGUGCCCGACUACUGCGGCAUCGACGUGGCCCAGCAACAGUUCCCGCCCACAGCGGGUAAACCUCAAGAUGGCGGCUUCAUACCCCCCACCGACGGGCAGUACGUGCCUCCGUUCGGCAGUAACCAGGGCGGCAAGCCGGACUAUGACGGGUCGCAGACGUCCUGGGACACCAACCUCAUACCGGACGCGACGGGAACUGGAGACACGUUCGUUCCGGAUUACGGUUACGAAAAGCCUGACGUGGGCGGCACACAGCAACCCUACGAUACCAGUGAUGACGGAGUACCGGACUACAGUGGUACCGAGCCUCCGUAUGUCGGGCCAGACUACAGUGGUACCGAACCGCCGUACGUCGGGCCGGACUACGGACAGCCAGAUUACGGACAACCUGACUAUGGACAACCAGACGUCGGUACAGACGCGCCAGUCGUUGAUGGUACAGACUACGGAACGCCAGAGCUAGAGAACGUCAUACCAGGGAGUACGGAUCACGAGACACCUGACGAAUCUCAGCCACCGUACGGUGGUCCGGAUUAUGGGCAGCCUGACGGGACAGACUACGGGCAACCGGACGAGGGCGGUCCCGACUAUGGACAACCAGACACAGACUAUGGGCAACCAGACACAGAAUAUGGGAAACCUGAAACGGACUAUGGGAAACCUGAAACGGACUACGGACAACCCGAAACGGACGACGGACAGCCGGGAACGGACGAUGGGCAACCUGAAACAGACUAUGGACAACCCGAUUACGUGCAACCCGACGAAAGCGGCACCGACUACGGACAACCUGAAGUAACUGACUACGGUCAACCAGAGGAAGGCGAUUCCGUGGACAUCACAGACGAAAACAAGCCCGACUACGUUCAGCCAGAUUAUGGUCAACCCGACGACGGCGUUGACUACGGUGAGGAUGGAGGCACCGAGCCGCCGUACACUGAUUACGACGGCUGGCACCCCAUAUCGCCGCAUGAGCCGGAGUACGAGGAACCACAAGAGCCGGAGUACGAGGAGCCUGGGAGCGGGGACGACUUCCAGCCCGAUGACGGUAUCAUACAGGUGUUACCUCCGUACGGGGGCAGGCCCGGGGAGAUCUCCCCCGACCAGUCGGGCAGCGUGCCGUCACAGGUCAUCCCUCCGAUCCUGGAGGUUCCCGACAGAGGGGACAUCCCCGUUCACCACAUCCCGCCGUACAUCGUACCCGGGUCUGAAGACGAUGACCAGCAGCCUGACACGAACACUGUGUACGAGGGCGGGCUGGACGUGGAGGAAGGGUACGAGGAAUCAUCCGGAGACGCCGAGACCGGAUCCGGAGACGAGUACAACAACAAUUACAACGGAUUCUUCAGUUUUUCAGAUUUCUUCAACCGAAGGGCUAAAUAGAGUAUAGGGUGAUAACUAAAGCUCAAAACGGUGCGACACACUCAAUUACACACCUGUAGUAGUCCCAGUAAUUGACCUACCAGCAACCCUUUUAUAUAACCUUAUAAUGAAUUAGACCGAGGACCAAGUUUACGCUGUAUUUAUUAAGGUUGAAUUUAAUAGGGCUUCACACUUUAAGUGAUUUUGCAAUUGGUUGUUUCUACCAGUAAUUCUGUUGGGGACUUCGAUACAAAUUCAUAUCGACUCUGGCCAGCUCAUCAUACAUUCAAAUCACGUCAUUAAACUUCGGAUCCCAGAUCUGUUUUCACAACAAAAUGAAUGUUCAUAUAAAAAAAAACACACAAUCGCAUUUCACAUGCAUCUAUUUAUAUAAACGUUGUUUCAUUGAUCUUGCCCUUUGAUACACUUUAAGUUCGACUGAGCCUUUCGCAAAUAUUUCAUCAACUGUACGUGUCAUAAUAAUGCCAUUUUGCUAGCGUCUUUAACUAUAACUGCAUGGCUACGUCCAGAUAAAUAUUAUUCCCUAGCCUCUGGUUAUGAGGUAUAUACGAUGGUCACUGCCCACAAAGAUACAGAUGCCAGUGAAAAGAAACUACUAGUACAUGGUCGCUAGACUAUGACAUAUGGUUAGAUCGACGUUCAGUGAAAUUACAUAUCUUCAUAUGUUUUAUAUACGUCAUAUCAUGCAGAAGAGUUGACAAAUGUAAGAAAAAAAUCACAUACGUUUGCGACUGCAGGACAAAGCACAUUUUACAUCAGUGUUUAGAUACAUAUUUCACAUACACGUGACCUCACUUAGUAUGGAAUUUUCUGGAUUUCUGUCUUUUUGGCGACGCCUCACUGGCGGAGCCUGCUCUAUUUCCAGUACUAUCAUAGUCAUUUUAACUAGAUGUUUGCAAGAUUUAAACCUCUUUGAUGUUUGUAUGUCAUUAUUUGAGGCUGAGAGAUUUUAUCCUACCACAAAGUAGACUAGAAUUUGUACGUGCCAGCAUUCACUGUUGUGCCACCAAUAUAGAAUAUGAUUAUUGGUUGUUCUUGAAGAUGCAAUUUUGAGAGAGGGCUCCUUCCUAAUUCUAGAGCCAGGCUAUGUAAAAAAUUAUACGUAAGUGUAUAUAUGCAGCAUUGUAUAAGAUAUGGUUUAGUUGCUAUUAGUGGUCCGCCAAGCAGAGGUAUAGUGUUUGUUUUAUGGUACUUUCAGACUUCGCUGUGUGAAGGUUGAGAAGAAUUUUGAUGAAGGUAUGAAGCAUUUUAUUCUCAAGAGUGAAAAUCUCUUUUUAGAAAUUGCUAUUGUUGUCAUGUUCUGUGUUAACGUUGUUAUCUGUCUUAGUAAAUAAAGAUCAUACUUUAUGAUCUACAA